AUGACGACGGGAUUGGUGGCCUCUGCGGUGGAGGCCUCACUGGUCGUCCUCGCGUCGGUGCUGCUCGCCGUCCCGCUGCACGCCAUUGGCUGGACGGCCGAGGCGGCGGCGCUUCCGCUCGUGUGCCUGGGCGCGGCCGCCGUCGGCCUCCACCUCCCAGCACCCGCCAUCGUGCGCCGCCUCGGAUGCUGCUCGCUUCGGCGCGCACCCUCGAUGGGCCUGGCGCUGGGCUGCUGCUCCCCGUCGCUGCUGCUGUGCGCGAUGGCGCUCGCAAACGUACGCGGCGUGCUGCUGCCGUGGCUCGAGGCGCUCGUCGGUGCCGCCCCGCUCCGGUGGCUCCUCUCGUCCCUCACCGGGCCUGGCCGGCCGGCCCUCGUCGCCUACUGGGCCGCCGCCACGCCGAUCGGCUGCGUCGCCGCCGCGUGCGUCGCGCCACCGCCGCUCUCGCCGGAGGAUGCCAGGCGGGACGCCGAGGCAGAGGCCGAGGCGGAGGCCCUCCUCGCGCUCGCUCUCGCCGCGGUGGUGCCCGCCUUUGCCCUCCUCGAGCUCGUGCGCGUCGGCGCGCUGCCGCCGCUCGCGCGCCCGCUCGCCGCCUUCCUCGCCGCCUUCAUCGACAGCCGCGACGCGGGCACCCUCGUACUCACCCACAUCUACCUCCUCGCGGGCUGCGCCCUCCCGGGCUCCGCGGCCGCGGCCGGCUCGACCCUGCUGGCGCUGCUGCUGCUGCUGCACGUGAGCAGCCCGGACGGCGCGCCGGCCGAUGCACGCACGUGGGCCGCCCUUGCCGGCGGCACUGCGGUCGCCUGUCUGCUCGAGGCGGCCACCGACCAGAUCGACAACCUCUUCCUUCCCGUCGCCUAUCAGACGUGGCUGCUCAUCGCCGCCGUGCUCGAGCCGUGGUGCCGUGAUUCGUCGUGCGGCGAGGGGUGA